AUGACGGAAAAAUUUUAUCGGAAAAUUGCAAUUGGCUGUUUUAUUUUAGCCCUGCUGGGUCUUAGUUUGGGCAUUGCAUUUCCAUAUUUACUAAAGAAAAUUAUAAAAAGUCAAAUCAAUUUAAAACCUGGUUCGGAUUCCCGCAAAAUGUGGGAGAAAUUUCCCAUUUCAAUACAAUUUUCAAUUUAUGUUUUCAAUGUGACCAAUCCGCAUGAGGUUCAGGAUGGUGGUAAACCGCGUUUGCAGGAAGUUGGACCAUUUGUAUUCGAAGAAUGGAAAGAUAAAUACGACAUCGAGGAUAUUGAAGAAGAGGACGCGGUGGAGUUCAAUAUGCGUAAUACUUUUAUUUUUCGUCCCGAUUUAGGUUUGAGUGGUGAGGAAAUGGUUGUAUUUCCACAUCCAUUGAUUCAGGUCAUGGGCAUUGUAAUAAAGCGCGAAAAAUUCGCUAUGCUCGGUAUGAUCGCCGAGGGUCUGGAGGAAUUAUUUAAACCAUCGACUCCUUUCAUAAGGGCAUCAGUAAUGGAUAUAUUUUUUCGUGGUAUUGAUGUCGACUGUGGUACGGAUAAUUUCGCUGCCAAAGCUAUAUGUUUGAAUUUUCACACGGGCGCCGUGAAGGGAGCGGAAAAAGUCGAUGAUACACAUUUCAAGUUUUCACUACUGGGAGCGGGCAAUCACAGUGAUGCUGGUCGCUUUAAAGUUUCCCGCGGUACCCGAGACCAUCGUACCGUUGGUCAAGUUCUAGAAUUUGAUGGUGAUGAAGAGCUCAAUAUUUGGCCGGAGGGGGAAUGCAAUAAGUUACGUGGCACCGAUUCUACGAUUUUUGCCCCCCUAAUGAAACCCAGUGAUGGAUUGUGGUCAUUUUCGCCGGAUCUGUGUCGUUCGCUGGGUCCACAAUAUCAAAAGAAGACAACCUAUAACGGUUUGCCAGCUUUGCAUUAUGUCAUGGAUCUGGGGGAUGUUAAGAAUGAACCGGAAAAUCAUUGUUUUUGCAGAGACUAUCCCGAUGGGUGUCCACCCAAGGGUACAAUGGAUUUAACGCUUUGCAAUGAAACGCCCAUGAUUGCAUCGCAACCGCAUUUCUUAAAUGCCGAUCCGAAGUUAUUAGCCGAGGUGGAGGGCCUGUCGCCGGAUGAAAAGAAACAUGGCUUAUUUAUUGAUUUCGAAAUUAUAUCUGGCACACCCCUCCAAAUAGCCAAACGUUUGCAAUUCAAUUUGGAUGUGGAGCCCAUUGAAGAAAUACCGGUGAUGAGUAAAUUGCGACCUUUGGUUAUGCCAUUAUUUUGGAUCGAAGAAGCGGUGGCCCUGAGUACGGAUUUUACGAAAAUCAUUAAGGGAAAAGUUUUCACAACCCAAACAAUUGUCAAUGUUUUUAUGUGGAAUGCCAUUGUCCUGGGCUUUUGCGGUGUGGGAUUUUCCGCAUUUAUGAUUUAUGUACGCCGCCAGGAUGGUCAGAAAAUAUUCGAUAUUAAAUCUUAA